AUGUCCCCGACGUCCAAACCGGCGUCCGGGGAGCGCACGCCGCUACUAGCAGAUGGAGUACCCUCGCGCAACUCAAUCGACUCCCUCCGCCGCGCCGAACAAGAAGAUGCCGCCAUCCACGGCACCCCACUCUCACCAACGCCCACCGCCCGCACCCGCACCGUCCGCGAGCUCCUCCUCUUCUCCUGGGCCCUCCUCGCAACAGCCGGAGUAAUCGUCCUGGCAGUAGUCCUCCAACACCGCAACAGCACCACCAACCCACCCACCCCCACCGACCCCAUCCCCAUCAUCCCCGGCGAUCCAGGCACGGGAACCCCCUACCCAGCCAUCUCCUCCCUCCCCCCGAAGAAAGACCGCAAGCGCAACCUCAUCUUUAUGGUAUCCGACGGCAUGGGCCCUGCCUCCCUGUCUCUCACUCGAACAUUCAGACAGCACGUCAAUAAGCUCCCCAUGGAUGACACCCUCGUCUUGGAUCAGCACUUUUGGGGCACGUCGAGAACAAGAUCGUCAAAUUCAUGGGUGACGGACUCUGCGGCUGGGGCUACGGCGUUUAGCUGUGCGAGGAAGAGUUACAACGGCGCUAUCGGGAUGGAACCCGGGUUUAAGCCCUGCGGUACGGUCCUCGAGGCUGCCAAACGGGCGGGGUACAAGACUGGUUUGGUUGUCACGACGGAUGUGACGGAUGCGACGCCGGCGUGUUUUGCUAGUCAUGUUGGGUAUCGAUGGCAGAUGGAUGAGAUUGCGAUGCAGGAGAUUGGGGAGGGGGUGUUGGGACGGUCAGUGGAUUUGAUUUUGGGGGGUGGGAGAUGUCAUUUCUUGAAGAACUCUACCGCGGGGAGUUGCAGACAGGAUGAUGUUGAUGUUGUGGAGAUUGGGCAGAAGAAGCAUGGGUGGGGGUAUGUGGAUGACAGGGCUGGGUUUGACUCGCUCAAGUUGGGGAAGAAUGUGAGCUUGCCGUUGUUGGGGUUGUUUGCCGAGAGGGAUGUGCCGUUUGAGAUUGACCGCAGGCAUAUGAAUGAUGUCUACCCAAGCUUAAGCGAGAUGGCGGUCACGGCUUUGAGGGCGUUGGAGGAGGCGACCAAGGAUAGUGAGAAGGGCUUUUUCUUGAUGAUUGAGGGGAGCAGGAUUGAUCACGCGGGACAUAUCAAUGAUCCGGCGGCACAGGUGAGGGAGGUGUUGGAGUAUGACAAUACUUUUAAUGCCGUGUUGGAGUUUAUCGAGGAGUCGGAUACGGAGGGUGUUUUGGUUGCGACGAGCGAUCACGAGACGGGUGGGUUGUCGACUGCCUGGCAGGCGCCGAAUGAGCUGCCUGUAUACAACUGGCAUCCCGAGGUUCUGCUGCAGGCGAAUGCCUCGGCCGAGUAUCUCACGCUACUGUUGCAGCAACACAUGAUCGCGAACCCGGUCGAGGAGCAGCAGCAGCUUCAGGACUGGAUCAGGGAGGAUUUGGUGGAGAAGAGAUUGGGGAUCAAGGAUGCGUUGGAGAUUGAGAUCAAUGCUCUGGCGUCGAAUCCUUUACUGGCGAUGAAUAUCUUUUCAAAAAUGGUGAGCAUCCGGGCGAGGAUUGGAUGGUCUACCCAUGGGCAUUCGGCCGUGGAUGUGAAUAUUUAUAGCAGCGGGGGGCCGGGGACGGAGGAUAUCAGGGGAAAUGUGGAGAAUAUUGAGGUCGGAGGGUUUUUGAGGAGGUAUUUGGAUGUGGAUGUGGAUGAGAUUACUAGGGAGCUGAGGGAGAAGAUGGUGGUUGAUGUGAAGGAGGCGGAGAUGACCGGGAGGGAUGGGCACCCUGAGGAGUGGUUUGUGGAGGUGGAUGGGCUGGUGGGUUAUGCUACGGCUUGA